AUGACGGGCUACCUGAAUCAUUUGGUCGACUUCACGCCAACCUUUGGUGACCAAGUUAUUGUUGACACGCCCAACAUGGGGCCGAUGGCGGUCCAUGGCCGCGGAUCGGUGAACACUGCGAGCAUGACCCUGCAGGACGUUUUGUACGUCCCUGGGCUUGAUGUGAACCUCGUCGCGACUGGCCAGCUUGCUGAACUUGGCUACACCAUCGCCAUUGGUCCUUAUGGAUGUUAUGUCUUCAAGGACAACGGAGGCAUGAAUCUUGUCGGAAAAGCACAUUACGUACAUGGCUAUAUGCUGGAGCUGGAUUUCCUCAGGGCUAGUCCUUUCACGAACUGA